AUGGGCCUACCGAUCAUCGGAGAAACUCUUCAGUUCUUCGUUCCUUACACCUCCACCGACAUCUCACCUUUCAUCAAGAAGAGAAUACAAAGGUACGGUCCAGUAUUCCGAACAAGUAUAGUCGGGCAUCCGAUUAUCGUAUCGACGGACCCAGAGCUAAACAGCCUGGUGUUCAAGCAAGGUGCGGACUCGUGGUUCAAGCCAUGGUACACAGACAGCUUCAGCGAGAUCAUAGGCAGCGAGAGCCUAAUGUUUCACGAGGGGUUUCUGCACAAGUACGUCAGGGGCUUGGUCCGGGAAGGGUUCGGACCGGACAGCCUGAAAUCGCUGCUGGUUGAUCUCGAGGGACGGACCAAGAGUCACCUUGGCUCCUGGUCCGUUCUACCUAGUGUAGAUUUGAAAGAAGUUGUUUCUGCGAUGCUCCAUGGCUUUGCCGUGGAGAAGCUGUACAGCUUCAGCGACCCAGAGAUGAUAAGGGGACACAAGCAGUCGUACGAUGCUUUUCUCCGUGGACUGAUCUCGUUCCCUCUCAACAUUCCCGGCACCGCUUACUGGAAGUGUUUGCAGGGACGUAAGUGGGCAGUUAAGACUAUCAAGAAGCUGAUGGACGAAAGGAGAGAAUCCCCCAGGAUGGGAGAAAGGGAUUACCUUGACUUCGUGAUGGAAGAGAUUGACAGCGGUGAAAGCCCUUUGACAGAGAAGAUGGCUACGGAUUUACUGUUCCUGCUUCCGUUUGCUGCAUUUGAAUCUACCUCCUCCACCAUUGUCUCUGCGUUUCACUACUUGACUGCGCAUCCUGCAGCACUCGCAGAGCUCACUAGGGAACAUGAAGCUAUUCUGAAACGAAGGGAAGAGAGUGGAUCAGUAGGAAUCAGUUGGAGAGAGUACAAAUCUAUGACUUUUACCCACAUGGUCACCAACGAGACAUUACGGCUUACGAAUAUAGUCCCUGGAAUUUUCAGGAAGGUGAUGAAAGAUGUUGAAGUGAAGGGAUACUUGAUUCCGGCGGGAUGGACGGUGAUGGUAUAUCCAACUGCGGCUCACCUGAACCCUUCUGUAUACGAUGAUCCUUUGAGCUUCAAUCCAUGGAGAUGGGAGGGCCAGAAGGUAAAUUCAGGAUCGGAGAAUUUCAUGGCGUUUGGAGGUGGGACUAGAUUCUGUUCGGGAGCAGAGUUCGUCAAGCUUUGCAUGGCCAUCUUUUUCCACCACCUCGUCACAAAGUACAGGUACGUGCAAUUUGAUUAG